CUCUCUCAAAGCCUCCAUUCCAAUCCAUCAUGUCUAAUCCUCCUUCUCCUUUCCCUGUUCCUCUCCCAGACACAUCCACCACAACUUACUAUGGAUACCCUCCUCCACACCCCUACCUCCAUGGCCAAGCGUCCCUGCCCCUUCACCGCAGCUACAGCCUCCACCGCCGUCGCCAUGAACAACCACCAAGUGGACGGCCUUCUCCAAACAUUUCUAGACCUAGCUGACUCGCCUUCUCUCUCCAUCGACCUUUCGCUGGAGCAUCUUCUCGAAUCUUCCCCUUGCGACUCCGAUCAGUCUGUCCUCAUCGAUCGCGCCCUUAAAUUAGGUUCUAUACUCCUAGAAGCGGGUAAUCGCUCCUCCAGAAAACGCUCUUCCAAACAUAAUUCCCUUACCUGGGUCCUACCUCCCGAUCUCACUAUCAAGGUGUUCUCAAUGCUUGAUACUCAAAGUUUAUGCUAUGCAGCUGCAACUUGUUCAAUGUUCCACAAAUGUGCAAUGGAUCCUUUGUGCUACGCUAAUAUUGACUUGACUACAGUUGUUCCUAAAGUUAAUAAUGCUGUUGUUUCUACAAUGAUUCAGCGCGCUGGAAAAUCACUUCAGUCACUUAAGCUUGGUAUAGUACCAGGACCAACGUCGUCUCCUGGGUCCUGUGAGACAUUAGUUUAUAGCAUCAGGAAUUCAGUAGAUGUAUCUAAUAUUUCAUGGAAUGAUAAAAGAACCAGACAAGGGAAGGAAUCGUCUAUUCUUACUAGAUCAUGCCUAUACUCUUUGACUGGGGAUAGUGGUGCUGCAGGGACUCUUUUGAAAAGGUUGCACCUUUAUAAUAUUGAAAGAAUGGAUAAUACCUCACUUUAUGGGGCGUUGUCAGCUUGCCCAUCUCUCCUUGACCUGGAAAUUGUUGGCCUACAUGUUGAGCUGAGGCAAACAUUGGUGUCAGUCAGCAUGAAUUGCCCCUUGAUAGAGCGCUUGUUUUUCGAAUCUUCAAAAACAGGGAGAGAUGAAAGUUUGAAAUCGCCAACCUGUGUGGAUUUAGUAACUAAUUGUCCAAAUCUAACCUCGUUGGCCCUCAGAGGCUUUAAGCUGCAUGAUUGUAAAGUUCGCAUUCUUGUGAAGGGAUUUCGCAAACUUAAAUAUGUCGAUUUCUCAACGUCAUACUCCAUUACAGGACAUUUUUUGAGGAACCUUGGAGGUAGCUCAGGUGGGAAUCUUUUGGAGGUUUUGAUUUUACGAGAUUGCAUGCAUUUGAAAGAGGUGGAAGUUGCUCGAUUACUGACAGCUGUUCUUACAGGAGAUUUCAAGUCUCUUCGACAUCUUGAUGUGUCUAACAGGGAAGGCUUAGCUUCUGAAAGUGACUGGUACCAUAGAUGUUACAGUUUAAGAACGAUACCUGUAAAGCAGGUCUUGGAAGCAAGGCCUGAUAUGUGUUUGCUGGCUGAUUUUCCACCAGAUGGAAGUUUUAUUGAUGUAGAACAAAUGAUUGACAGUGAGCUAAAUAGUGAAGUCAGCCUGCCAUCACAAUUGAGCAGUCACACGUCAGAUAGUUCCCUGUUCAUGAGUACAUCAGAAAGCAGCUAUAACAGUGACCAGAGUAGUGGCAAUGAAGAAAGUAGAGACUCUGCUUACAUUGUCUACGAGGAAAGUUCAGAUGAAGUUGAUUUCUUGGGUGUCUAGGUGAGCAUUGAAGUCUAGCAAAGUCUGGGAUCAGUGGCCAGCAAUGCAAUGGGGGGAGGAAAAAGCUGAGGCAAGCUGGAAAUGAACUAUGGUUGAAUCAACUUGUGGACAUUUUGUUGUGCAUGCCAUCUCAUUUAUGUCUCCUUGAUGCCUGUGGUUUUCAGAAGCUGCGGAUAUUCUCGUGGUUUGCUGGGAAUCGUCCUCCCAUCUUCUUCCCCAAUUCUCCUAUCUUUUUAUUUUGCUCUCCGUAGUGUAUUGCUUUAUCUGGUAAUCUUAUGGGUGAUGGAGGAUUGGUCUAGUUUCCUCCUCUGGUGUAAUUCCAGUCCAAGGAGUUGGAUGAUAUCUUAUUUGUUAAUCAUCCAUCAUGGUUCUGGCCCUACAUACAGGCAAAAAUUAAUUGUGUAUUAUACUAUUGAAUUAUUUGAUACAUCAUGCCUUCAUUA